AGUCCAAGUGUCAAUCCAGAUCGAGGCCCGGCUCCCUGGGACCGACAGGAAAAUUUCAACCAAAAAUUUCUCCAAUAAUUUCGCUUUUCCAGAAUCGCAGGUAUAGCUGCCAGUAUGGAGAGAGGAGAAAGUACUGCCCUUCCUUCAAAGUGAGCUGUCAGUUUCUUCUUCUCAUCUGCCCCAACAGAACUCCUGCUCCCAAAUAUGGAGAUGCACUUGACCUCGGCCUUGUCGGGGAACAGCUUCGAUGACCUCAUCGAGGUGCUGUGCCUGUACAAGUGCAGGCUGUGCCACUUUGCUGUCUCUACUGGCAAGGCGGACGUGAUUGUCCACAUCAAGACGGAGCACCAACAGACGAUGCUUGGACACAGCCCUGUGAACUGUUUCCCGGCGAUGAACAGCUUUACCACCAGGCAGCCAGGGAACAGCGGCGUUUCCACGCUGUCAGAGGCGCUACGGUCGCGUCAUCUGAUGCUUCAGAAGGACGGGCUUCAAGGCAUGUCGGCUGUCUCGAUUGGCAACAACUUACCCGUCCGAUGGUCCGUGCCGCCCGUGCAACUGUCACAUGAUGGAAGACCGAGAGAUGAAGUGUCGUACGUAACACCGUCUUUUGAACAAUUCUCUCAGGUUUCAGUUCCUGCCGCAGCCCAGAGGAGGGGACACUCAAGUUCUCCUGUUGCAUCUUCUGGACGGUUAGUGAGAGGUGCUCUGUCUUCCACUGCAUCUCUAACAAACUCCUUUGGAGACGGCACCAUGACAGUCAAGGAAGAGCCAUUGUCUGAAGUAGAGGAAGAUGCAGACAGGCUCGAUCCGACUUGGGGAGACUCGGAAGGAAGUAACAGGAUUGGGGAGGAGGAAGGAGCUAAGGGGACUGGGCAGACUUCAUCGGGCAUCAAACUGAAGAAGACAGUGUCCAUAGUGUGUCCCAUUUGCAAUGCACGCCUGUACCGGAAAACUGUGGACAGGCAUAUGGACCUGCACAACGAUCGAGGCGGGUUCUCCUGCGAUGGUUGUGACUUUGAGACGGAUCAGUGGCACGAGAUGCGGUCGCACAUGCAGAGGAAACACAAGCCCAAGCACAGGUGCCAGAACUGCGACUUUGAGACUUGGUCCACGGAGGUGUUUUCAGAGCACAUGGAGGUGUGUGUGGCUGACGAGGAUGGAGAUGGAAACAAGGAAAGAGCGAACUCGAGUGGUGCAGGACAUGACAGUGACAGCAGCAUGAAUGUCAGUCAUCGUCAAGAUGUUGAGGAAGAGGACAAAGCCCAGGACGGCAUCUCGGAAGGCCAAGAAACUGCAGAAGAUGAGGAGUUUGAAAUCUGUGCAGAAUGUGGGGAACAGCUUCAGGGAGAGGAUGUCAUAACACACAGUGAACUGCACAAUCGUGAAGGAGGAUUCUCCUGUGAUAAGUGUGAAUUCAAAACAGAGUCUUGGCCUGAGAUUAAAGAUCACCUCAAGGAAAAUCACAAACUGAAAUGCCAGUCAUGCAACUUUGAGACAUUGUCAGAGUCAUUUUUAGAUAAACAUGAGUGUAAAGGACAUCAGACAGGACUGGCGUCUAACUCUAAAACAACAUCAGAACAGGUUCAGGGUAGUGCUGAAGAAAAGAAUGGCACACAGAAAGAACCAAACACAGAUAUAAAUGUGGAAGAAAGGGCUGUAGACAAUACAGAAGAUACUGAAACAUGCUCAGUGUGCAAUUUAGAGUUGAAGAGUCCUUCAUUGCAGAGACACAAAGAGCUUCAUGAUUCAGCAGGGGGGUUCAAGUGUGAUCAAUGCGACUUUUCUACAGCUACUUGGGAAGACAUUGAAGCACACCUUGCCUCCAAACAUGACAGUACAUACAGUUGUGCGAAUUGUGAGUUUGAAACAUCAUCAGAGACGACAUUAGUAGAGCAUUUUAAAAGUGGCUCUUGUAUGCUGAGCGACAGGGAGUCGGAGGGAGAUGGGAGGGCGCCGGAGGAAGGUGAGGAAAGCCUCGGAGAUGUGAGCAUGGAGGACGACGAGUCUCAGGACUUGGAGGCGGAUGACUUUGAGAAGUACAAGGACAAGCUGACGCCGUCGGGACACUGCUGCGUGUGCGGUGUCAGGCUGUACAGGAAGUCGGUGCAGAGACACAUGCAGCUGCACAACGACGAGGGUGGAUUCUCCUGCCCCAGGUGCGACUACAGCACCGACAGCUGGAGGGAGAUCGUGAAGCACGUGGACUGGCACGACCGAGUCAGGAAGAAGUACAGGUGCCCAUACUGCCCCUACAGCAGCUGGGCCAAGCCAAGAUGCAGGUGCACUUCAGGAAAAGCCAACGGCCGGAAAAUGAAAGAAUGUCCAACUCAAAGUGAUCAUUUAGUAUGUCCACUGUGUGGAGUAAAGCUGCAGCCUUCUGCUCUGAUAGCUCACAUGGACAGCGAACAUGUUCUCUCCACAGACAAAGCCACCUCUUCACCAAGUAAAGGUGAGGACAAAGAGUCCAGCCCCUUUGUUCAGUGCCCUUUGUGUCAGAUCAAGGUGCACCAGAGGAUGCUGAGGAAGCACCUGGACAUGCCACAUGUACAGUGGCCCAAGGGAGCGUUCGCAGCACCUGUCACACCAAGCCCGAGCUCACAGGGAGGUCCAAAUGCUGCAGCAGCUGCAGAGAUUGGAGUGCCCUCUCUGUAGCAAGAAGAUUCCUUCUGCCAAU